CACUGCUUCAUUUUCUCCUCUUUUAUUACCAUUUUUUCGUUGUCAUUUCUACUAGAAAUUCAUCUUUCUGUUUAUUUGCAAUGUCUCAUUAAACUAGAGAUCGAUUUACAUACAUUAAAUAUACUUGUUUUGAGGGUGAUAGUAUAUACAUAUAAUUAUAUAUAUACGCAUACGAUCUAUAAGGAAUUUAUUUCAAUGGCAGCCAGUAUGAAUUCUGCAAUUUCUAGUCUUCUUUGUGCUGAAGAUAACAAUAUCAUAUUUUGCAAUGACAAUAACGAUGAUGUUGGAAAAUGGUAUGUUAAGAAUAAUCAAAGCAGUCAAGAAAACCAUAGUUUUUUGGCUGUUAUGCAAUUACAGAGUGAAGAGUGUAUGGAUUUGAUGAUUGAGAAAGAGAAUCAACAUAUGCCUUGUGCUGAUUACCUUGACAAGUUGAGAAAUGGGAAGUUGGAUAUUGAGAUUAGAGAGCAGAUUCUUGAUUGGAUUGGCAAGGUUCAUUCACAUUUCAAUUUUGGGCCACUCUGUUUAUAUUUGUCUGUGAACUACCUUGAUAGGUUUCUUUCUGCCUAUGACUUACCUAAGGGAAAAGUAUGGAUGAUUCAGUUAUUGGCUAUAGCCUGUUUGUCUCUGGCAGCUAAAAUGGAAGAGACUAUAGUUCCUCUAUCUCUAGAUCUGCAGAUAAAGGAAGCAAGAUUUGUAUUUGAAGCAAGAACCAUACAAAGAAUGGAGCUUCUUAUAUUAAGCACAUUGAAAUGGAGAAUGCAUGCAAUCACUCCAUUCACAUUCAUUGAUUAUUUCAUUAGGAAGAUAAAUGGUGAUCAAAUUGCUUCAAGAUCUUUAAUCACUAAAGCAGUAAAAGUUAUAUUAAGAACACUGAAAGGAAUUCACUUCUUGGAAUUCAAGCACUCUGAGAUUGCAGCAGCAGUAGCAAUCUCUGUUGUGGUGAAAACUGAGACAGUUUGCCUUGAGAAAGCAAUAUCUGCUCUUGUGCAGCAAGUACAAAAGGAUAGAGUAAACAAGUGUAUUGAAUUGAUUCAAGAAUCAUCUUUGCUAAGUGAUUUUGAUAAAGGUUUUGUUCCUCAAAGUCCAAUUGGUGUGUUGGAUGCUACAUGCCUAAGUUACAAAACUGAUGAUUCAGGAGUUGAGUCAUGUACACCUAAUAGCCCAGAUACUAAGAGGAGAAAGAUGAAUAGAACCUAUGCAGUGGACAUAAAGGGAUGGAUAAAUGAGUGAAAGCCUUUUACCCCUUUCAAAUCCUUUGAUUUGAUGCAAUGAGAGUUAUGGUGUGAUACUUGAAAGUGCAUCCCCAAACAGAACUUAAAAAAAUAAUAAUAAGAUAAUAAUAUGGAGAAAAAUAAAAAUUUUGUGAGGAAGAGAUUGAAGUAGUUGGAUCGUUUUUGGAGGUUGAUACGCUCAAGAAUUUCAUGCCACAUUUUAUAAAAGUGGUAUUCAAGUCAACUUCACGUCAACAAGGCAUCUUUAUGCCAUUAGUAUGAGGGAACUCGGAGAAUGUUACCGAGUAAUAUCUUGAACAUGGGACUUUUUGAGAUUCCAUUCAAUCUAUACUUUUUAUAUCUUGUUUGAAGAGAUAACUAUAUUUAAAGUUUUAUAAAUAGAAAUAUACAAAAAAAAAAAUGUAUUAUUAUACGCAA